AUGUUGGCUGGCGUCUCGUCGUCGUCGAGUUCGAUUCCUUUACUUUUUCUUAUCCUUUGCUUCUAUUGCCACAACCGUCAGCCUCGCCCUCGAUCUGGACGAUUGUCCAUCUGGACGUGUUUUAAUGGUAGGGUAUACAUGGGUAGAGAGUCCACCACCUAUACUCCAGACUCGCUUUCGACUGCUCAGCGCCAGUGCUCAAUGGGGAACAAACGUGUCCGCAAGACAUCCAUAAGGCAGAACAACACACGAUAUGCUGACCAAGCUCAGCACCUGGCGUCGGCCGCGAAGAUUUACUUUCGGCGAUGGAUUCCUUUUUGUGAGGUUGAGGAAGGGUCGAUGAUGAGCUCGUUGAAGUACCACCGUGUGAAAAAUAAAGGCAGUAUUCAUUAUUACCGCGAGAGUGAGCAUGAGGUAGAAUACUUAAGAGCAACGGACGCAACGCUGCAAUGCACGCAGCGUAUGGAAAGGCGGGGAGGAGCGGUGGAGGACGCGUUAGGAGCCGAUGGAUGGGAUGGGGAGGCGUUGACAGGCGGCUGCGUGGAGAGGCCGGGUGCGAGUGGACGGAGAUGGUCUGCGGACAUCGGAUGCGAGGUUGAGCAGUCGCCCGGUGGGAGACAACAUGUCUGCCAAUUAGUACAGACGUUGGAAUGCAUGCAAUGGGGUUCCAGCUUGAAAUAA